AUGGGAGGCAGAGGUCGAGGGCAGGCCCCCCGGCUCAAAGCUGAGCAAUUCGGACUGUCCAAGGAGGAUCUGCUCAACAAUAAAGCCCUUCCCGAGGACUUUCCCUCAAGACAACCUACAAUUCCCCCUGAAAAAAUCACAGUAACUGUGAAAAACAUGCUGGAUGUGGGUCUCUCGAUGAAGGAGGAUAUUAAGUGCAGAAUGGAAUCGGGUAAAUUCACACCAUGUUUGGCUUACCCUCUGGAACUGGAUAAAAAGAAGAAAAAGUCACGAAAGAAGACAAAGAGAGGCAGCGCUGUUGACAUUAGCAAACACCUCGAAGAACUGGCAAAGCGAGAGUCAAUCGCUGCGGAAAAUAGCGAUCUAGAAGCGGAAGGAGAAUCAAAUGCUGGCAGCUCUGAUGAGGAGGAGGCAAGAGAUUCUGACGAUUCAAGAGGUUCUGAGAGUGCUGACGAGGAAAUGGACGAAGGAAAUGACUACAACCAAAUGCACGAUGUCGAUGAUGACGAAGACAUGGGUCCUCCGUCAGAUGAUGAAGAGAGGGAGGCGAUGGCUUAAUAACUAAUUUAGUGCAUUGGAGCUAAAUAUAUGUACAUAUAAAAUGGAACUUUGUAUUAAAUACUGAACUUUGAUUCGCAGCAAA